AUGCUUUCCCAGGCAGUGUGCAACAUGAGCAGGAAGCUGGCACAGCUUUGGAAUUUGGGAUUCCAGGCAAAGCACAGCCUCCCUGAUUUGCCUUAUGAUUAUUGUGCCCUGGAGCCCCACAUCAACGUGCCUAUCAUGCAGCUGCACCACAGCAAACAUCACAUUGCAUAUGUGAAUAACUUGAACGCUACUAAGGAGAAAUAUAAAGAGGCACUGGCAAAGGCUGAUAUUAAAACUUGGGUAGCACUUCAGCCUACACUGAAGUUCAUUGGUGGAGGCCAUAUCAACCAAACCAUUUUCUGGACAAACCUUAGCCUUAAUGGUGGCAGAGAACUCAAAGGGGACCUUAUUCCACUGCUAGGAAUUGAUGCAUGGAAGCAUGCUUAUUUCCUUCAGUAUAAACAUGUCAGACCUGAUUAUCCAAAAGCUGUUAGGAAUGUAAUCAAUUGGGAGACUGCAAAUGAAAGAUAUAUGACUUGCAAGAAAUGA